AUGAGGUUUACGAACAUAAUCGCAGUGGCGUGCGUCUUCACCCGCUCGUUUAACUUCGUCAUCCAACCCAAGGGCCCUUCUCAUGCCGGCUACGCCCUCCAAUGUAUCGACAAAAUCAACGAAGACGCGUAUAAUUUUAACCGAGCGAAAUACAUCUACUACGAACGAUUCUUAAUGACCGCAAUCGUGAGCGAUAACCUGAGCUCGACGGCGUAUAAAGUCCAACAGGGGGCACUUAAAAUGGCCGCCAAACAAACGCGCUGGUCUUUGGAAGUUAUUCGAAAUGCGAGGUUAGGUUUCGUGGCACACGACCUCUGCGCGUCAGACAGACGCUGUAAGAGAAGUCCCGUGGUCGAUUUUCAGUCGCAUUACACGAUCGUCGUCGUCGAUUCCAUGGAACUUUUUUUCGUAAAGCUACGCAAUUUGACAGAACUAAGCACAUUCAAUCCAAGAAGUCUGUUCCUCGUUUAUUACGCCAAUGUAACGCAGAAUUACGAAUCUAUCGCCAAAAGCAUUAUUUUGGCAAUGUACGGGUCAUUUAUUUUAAGGGGACUCGUGUUGAUUCCGAAAAACCUGACCGAUUUCGACAUUUUCAAGCUGCGCUUGCGCAACGAGAAGAAUACCUGUUGCCUCAGCCAGCCGGAUGUGAUAAAUGUUAACAAAUGCGCGCAAGGACAGUUAAAGGUGGCCAAAAAUAACCUCUUCAGGGACAAUUCGGCGUUGAAAUUUGAACUGUGCGAGCUGGGUGUGAUUGCGCAGCCGUUCGAGCCCUUCGUCAUAGACAAGUUCAGCGGCUUCGAGAUCGACAUGCUUCGAGUCGUAGGCCGCGCGCUAAACAUCGAUUUUCUGGUGGAACUGACACCCAACGCCACCAUUAGCCUCGGUGACCCGAACCCCGACGGUACCUGGACCGGAUUCGUUUCGAAAUUGCACUCCUCUAGGUACUUGGGGGUCGGGGAUUUAACGCCGGACGUGCGCUACCUCAAAGAUUUCGCGUACUCGGUCGCGUACUUCUCGGAAGACGUGGUGUGGGUGGCACCCAGAGCCCGGAUUAUCCCUCCGUGGAGGGUCCUGGCGGUUAUCUUCGCUCCCGAAAUGUGGGCCGUUUGCCUUUGCUCGAUUUUCGGGUUCGGUGUUCUAUUUUACGCGUCGGCCAAGUUACACGAGGAGGCGGUUCCUGGGUACUCUAGCCUGGAGCGUUGCGUGGGCACCUCCUUCGAGGUGCUCAUCGCGCUCGCCGUCUGGAAGCAACCAAAUGGAGAUAUGACGCGCGUCUUCUUCAUCGGCUGUGCCGUGUUCGGCAUCAUCGUAAACUCGGUGUACACGUCGUCGUUAAUACAGUAUCUCACGGACCCGGUGCGGGAGCAUCAGAUAUCCACGGGGAGGGAAAUUGUCGAAUCCGAUUUGAAGUUCGGCGGUCCGUCCAUGUAUCGCGCUAUCGCGUCCAACGAUAGCGACGAUAUUGUCGUGAAAAAGUUUAUCGCGGAGUACAGGACCGUCGAAGAAGAAAUUGACACAUUCGCCUACUGGUUGGGCCUGGUGACGCGGGAAAAAUACGCCACCAUCACCGAUAAGACGCCCGUCCAUUACCUGCUCGCCAAAGGAAACGAAAUGGUGACAGACUCCCGGGGUAACCCGACUGUCUUCGUCGUACCGCGGAAGGUCAUGUCCAAGACUAUAAGCGUGAUGAUGCGCAGGGGGCACAACCUGAGGAAAAGGCUGAACGACGUCAUACAACACCUAAUGGUGGAAGGCGGCGUCGUCGGCAAACUCGCCUCCAAAUACAUACACAAGGGGGCGGUGCGGCGAAAUCACGGCGACGACGACCAAAAGCCACUCAACGCGCACCAUCUUCAGGGUGCGUUCGCCAUUUUGUUUCUAGGUUACGUGGCGGGGUCGGUCGCCCUCGUCGCGGAGGCCGUUAGAAGACGGAUUGACGGGGCGAAUAUGACGUUUCCCUUUACGAAAUAGGGCCGCCAGAGUUCUUGUUUUUUGUCUUAAAAUAGGCGUCGUUGAGAAUUAAAAAAGUAAUAUUAUGACCGCCAAAUACGAAUUACGACGCCCUGAUCGAGAUCAAGCAUGCAAACAAAAUAAGCACUUUUUUCAAUUUAUUUAUAGGUGAAAUGUAAAAGCAUGGUAUUUUCAAUUCGUAUUUAUGGAAACCUCUCUAUUUUUAUU